CCAUGGGUUUACCUGGACUAGAAGGACUACCUGGAGCCAAGGGUGAUCUGGGGAUGCCUGGAGCCCCUGGAAUACCUGGCCCUUCAGGGAAACCUGGAGCUCGCGGUGAUUCGGGGAUCCCUGGGGAACCGGGUGAGAGGGGCCCGCUGGGGGAGACAGGAUUCCCAGGACCUGAAGGACCCCAAGGUGCUCCUGGGAGGCCCGGGAAAGAUGGACUUCCUGGGUACGAGGGAGCCACAGGUAGACUAGGAGACAGAGGGUCCAAGGGAGAACGGGGGGACCCAGGGAUACCUGGAGCGAGGGGAGUCCAAGGAGAGAGGGGAAGGACAGGAGACCCAGGAAUAGUGGGACCUAUUGGGCCCCAAGGCCACCGAGGAGACCCUGGGCCCCCAGGUCCCAUAGCAUCACCAAGCCCUCUGAAUGAUGCCAACUCCAUGGAGGAAAUUAAAAUGUUUAUCCGGAAUGAAGUAUUGCGGUUGUUUGAAGAGAGACUAUCAAGCCAUGCCAUGCAGAAGACGCCGGCGGCCAUUUUAGCGGCGCAGGUUCGACAGGGUUCUCCCGGUCCCCCUGGCAACGACGGAUCCCCAGGGUCUCCGGGGAAGAAGGCCCCCCCGGCCCUCAAGUUGGAGGUCACACUUCUGAGGAAGAAGCUACAGUACCACUUCUAG